GAGAAAAAUUAGAAUCGAUACAAUUUGAGUUCGAGAUUCAAACAACAAACAACAAACUACAAUUAACAAAGUUUACAAACUUUCUUGCUAAAACAUUCACCUAGUUUUCUAAUUUUUAAAGUGAUCAAAUCAAAUUCAUCAAAAUGAACAAACAAUUGUUAUUCUUCAUUUUUGUUUCAUCUCUUGUUCUCUGUGUUUCGUUGGUUCGAGCUGAAGAAGAAGAAGAGUUCGAAGAUUCUUUCGACGGUCAACAAAGAGAAAGAAGAGAUAUCUCAGCUGAUUUAGAAGGAGCCGAAUCAGCGGUUGGUGGUGCUGGAGGUGCAGGUCUUGCUGCUUUUAAGAAAGGUGCUGGUGGUGGCGGAGCUGCUGGAUACAAAGCUGGUGGAGCUGGAAAAGCUGGUUAUGCUGCUGGAGCCAAGGGUGCUAAAGGUGGUGCUGCUUAUGGAGCCGCUGGAGCCGCUGGUGGUUCCAAGGGAGCUGCUGCCAAGGGUGGAUUCGCUUCUGGAGCUUUUGGUAAAAAGUAUGGAAAGAAAGGAGGAUUCGCUAAAGCCGGUGGAGCAGGUUACAAUAAGAAAGUCGGUCUUGUCAAGAAAUUCGGAAUGAGCCAAGGAUUCAAAUUCGGUAAAGCCGCUGGUUAUGGUGCUGCUGGAGGUGCUGUCGGAGGUAAAGCCGCUAAGGGAGGCUAUGCUGGAGCAGCAGGAGCAGCUGGAUACAAAGGAGGCAAAGUUGGUGGUGCUAAAGGUUAUGCCGCUGGAGCUAAAGGUGCAGCUGGAGGUAAAGCAGGAGCUGCUGGAGCUGGUGGAUUUAAGAAGGCCGCUGGUGCUGCAGGAGCCGCUGGAGUUAAAGGCGUUGGCGGAGGAGCUGGUUAUGGAUUCGGUCGAUAAACUUUAUCAACUCUCUCUUCUCAUGUUACUCAUAACUCAAAGCCAAAGUAUUCGUAUCCAAAAACUACUAUGAAAACAAAAACGUACCAACGUUACUCUUUUGAUUAUCCAAAGCUAUUUUCGUAACAAUUUAAUCAUUUAAUUACUAAAAACUCAAAAAUAGGCUUCGCCAAAACCAAAUAAUCACAAAUCAAUUUCGAUUGACUCCACCAAAUUAACUUUUUGCCACAAUCAGAAUUAGUCUUCCCUUUCUGUUCAAAACUGUCAAAAAAUUCAAUUCCAAAACUUUGCCAAUCAAUUUAAACCCAAACCCCAAAUCGAUAACCGACCCAAUCAUAACCUCUACCUCUCCGAUCAUGUGAUUAACCUAAUUAGAAGUCACUUCAAGCAAAUGGUUAAGUCGAAGCUCAAGUAAAAAAAGUUUCAAAAGUUUUUCUGUGAUCAAUAAAAAAUUCACAAACUUAA